AUGUGGGACAAUGUAUCGUUAAGGCAAUUCGCUGAGAAAUCGCCCAAGUAUAAGUAUAAGCCGCUGGGAGAUCAAGAUCGAAUAUUUACAAAUCUUUAUGGUCGUCACGAUUGGCGCUUAGAAAGCGCAAUGUGUCGAGGUGAUUGGUAUAAAAUAAAAGAAAUUAUUGAAAAAGGCCGAGAAUGGAUUUUAGAGGAAUUGAAAAAAUCGGAGAAAUUGGAAAACAUGAAAAAUAAGCUGCCCCCGACAUAUCUUAUAAUUAAUGGAGCAGAAGGAGAGCCAGGUACAUGCAAAGAUCGUGAAAUUAUGCGGCAUGAACCGCAUAAAAUUAUUGAAGGUGCUUUAAUACUGAGCUAUGUAAUUAGGGCUCGUGUAGCAAUUUUGUAUAUACGCGGUCAAUACUAUAACGAAGCAUGUACAAUGCAGAUGGCUAUUAACGAGGCCUAUGCAGCCGGUUUACUAGGAAAAGGAAUCGCUGGAGCUUGUUUUAGUUUUGACAUGUUUAUACAAAGGGGUGGAGGACGAUAUAUUGUCGGAGAGGAAACAGCGCUUAUAAAGUGUUUACAAGGUGAAGAAGGUCUACCACAUAGGAAGCCGCCUUAUCCAGCUGAAGAUGGUCUUUAUAAAAGGCCCACCUUGGUAUUUAACGCUACAACCAUAGCGUGCGUACCCACCAUCAUUCGUAGGGGUGGUGAUUGGUAUUCUUCCUUAGGUAAAGAUGGUGAAAUAAGGGGAUCUAGACUAUUCUGUAUUUCUGGUCACGUUAAACGGCCUUGUAUUGUUGAGGAAUUAAAUGCAGUGCCAUUGCGUUAUCUAAUUAACCGGCAUGCGGGUGGCGUUAUAGGAGGUUGGAAUAAUCUCUUAGCGGUUAUACCUGGUGGUGCGUCUACCGCGCUUGUACCGGGAAGGCUCUGCGAUAAUUUAAAUUUAGAUGCCGAGUCUCUCAAGAAGGUAAAUUCUGCGCAGGGUACCGGUGCAGUGAUUGUCAUCAAAAAGGGAACAAAUGUUUUGGAAGCUAUGUUACCCAUUAUGAAAUUCUUUCGAAACGAAUCAUGUCUACAGUGCCCGCAGUGCCGCAAUGCGUCUCAAUGGUAUGAAGAAUACUUGACAAAAUUUAUUGAAGGUAAUGCACAUCCAGCGGAUAUUGAUUUUAUGUGGGAAAUUAUGCAAUACUCUGUCGGGAAAACAAUUUGCUAUUAUACAACUGCCAAUGCCGCGGCUAUGGAAGGGAUAAUUAGGCAUUUUAGAAGCAACAUAAGGAGAAAAAUGAGGCAAGCACGUUGUGAAGUAUACCGCAAAGAUUAAUAACACAAUAAUUUCCUAUUUACUUAAAACAAAAAAUAAAAUGAUAUUUGAUUAAUAUAUAAAUUGAAUGCUCGCAGUUGUGAACAACAUUUCAUAAAUUUUCGAAAUUUGUAAGCAUCCUCGACACUACCCAUAAGACAAUUCCUAGUUCUGGUUCAAGGAUACAUCAUGAUUCUUGAACACUGCUAAGGCAAUCUUUAUUGUCGG